AUGGAUUAUGUUGUUACCUUUUCUCCAAUUGCCAAACUUGUUACUGUCAAAAUAUUCCUAGCUUUUGCUUCUUUACAUAAUUGGCCUCUUUUUCAAAUGGAUGUUUACAAUGCCUUUCUUCAAGGUAAUCUGAAUGAAGAGGUUUAUAUGCAACUGCCAGAGGGUUUUUGCUGUCACGGGGAGAAUAAGGAAACUAAUAUGGUAAUCAUGCUUAUUUAUGUUGAUGAUUUGUUGUUGACCGGAAAUGAUGCUGUAAUGAUUGAUGAACUAAAACACAUCUUGAAUUCUGAUUUCAAGAUGAAAGAUUUGAGAGAACUUGAUUGUUUUCUUAGAUUUGAGAUACUAAGAUCCAAUGAAAGAAUUUUUCUGAGUCAGAGGAAUUAUGCACUAGAACUUAUCAAAGAUAUAGGUUUAGGGGGAGCCAAACCUGUUAUCACACCCAUCGUACAAAACAUGAAGCUGACUACACUAGAGUAUGAUAUUGAGUUACAGCAAUAUGAUAAUGAUGAAGUGUUAACAGAGGAGAAAGAGAUCGUCCAAAAAUUGAUAGGAGGGUUGAUUUAUCUGACACAUACAAGGCCCGGCAUCACAUAUGCAUUGCAUCACCUUAGUCAAUUUAUGCAGCAACCAAAGAGAUCUCAUCUAGAAGCUGCACUCAGGGUGGUUAGAUACAUUAAGAAGGAUCUAAGACAGGGAAUAUUGUUGGUAGCUUCAAGUUCUUAUCAGUUCAAUGCUUACUGUGAAUCUGAUUGGCCAUCUUGUCCAAUGACUAGAAGAUCAAUUACAUGCUUCUGUAAUAAACUUGGGAAUUCUUUGAUAUCACAGAGAUCAAAAAAACAAAACACCAUAGCCAGAUCAUCUGCUAAGUAG